UCCUAAUUGAAGGGUUCAUCUUUUAGUGGGGACAUAUUUUUUGACAUAGUAGCUUUUUAAGGUAGCUUUUCCAAUGAUCUUUCUUUAUUUAUUUGUUUAGACGGCAACAGACCAGAGAACCUGAAUGACACCAUUACUCUGGAGCCUUGCCCUGCUGCAUCAGCUGAAACAUCAAGCCAUCCACCUCACCCCUCCUCCUCCACGUCCACCACUAUGUACAACCAUUACUCCAGCUCUUGGGUCUCACACUUACAGAUUCCUUGGGAAAGAUUUCCACUCCGACUGUCGCAUGCAAUCACAAGAGGAGACAGAGCUCAUCCAGAGGACAGGAGAAGUAUGGUCAGAAUUGUUCUGGAGGCCAUUCAAGUUCACUGCAGGAACCCUAAACGUGCAUCUUGUGAAGAGGUUGCUAAAAUCAUUGUAAACAGAUACCCUCAAACAUUUGCAGAUUUUACUGAAAAGGGAGAAAGACUGGGCUGUGGACAUUAUUCACUACUAAGAAGCAUCAAAUCUAGAGUUGAACAUGUUUUUCGAGAUAAUACAACACAUAGACUUCGUCAAACAAAGAGAAUCAGGAAUGAGGAAGACUGCAGUCCCAACAGUAAUGCAACCUCACCUAAAAAAGUUAGAUGCCUUGUUGAUAGCUAUGGUUGUAUAAAUUGGCAGCCAGUUGAACGUCCUGAGUGGGAAACGCCAGCUUCUUUAGAGGAAAAGAAGCACAUCUUGUUAACAAUUUUUAAUUCAGAAGGACCUGGAGCUGUGGAGAGACCUGAUGUGGAUGACUUCAUGUGCCUCACAUAUAUUUCUCAGCGGCAGCUUAUCAACAGUUGUCCCUCACUUUCAGUAGCUGAAAUUCAGGAGCAGUGGUCAUUCUUGUUUACUCGGAAAGGUCUUUCGAACCACUUUUACAAACUCACAGGCAUCGAUAUCAGUGAGCGCUUAGGUCAGGCCCUCAUAACCAAAGGCAGAAGGAUUAUUAACUAUUUCUCCAGCCAGAAGCUCAAAUGGAACCUUGGUAUAAGGACACUCAUCCAGCAGAUAGAAAGUGAGGGAGUUUUGACCAACAACAAAGUUGGCACAGCAGCCAUACUUCUCAUGAUGAAGUAUUACAGGGAAGAUGAAGACUCCCUCUUUGUCUUAGCAGAUGGAACAUCUACCAGGAUGUCCCUUGAAGCAGAGAGCAACCUGCCAAUCACCCCAAGGCUGAUUAUGCUUGGACAAAGUUUGAUGACCGCCACCUGCUGGAUGGUGAGUGCAGAGGGGCGUGUAAUUGUUGAGCUGGACUAAGAGAACAUCUUUGCUGAUGUCAGUCUUCUUUGGUUCGUUCUAUGUAUUGAACCAGGAGUCAGCGUGUGCAACAUUGGAACUAAUUCAGAGGUUUUUUGUAAGGAUAAACCCUGAAGAGGGAACAAAAUGUACCUCCAAGGUUGGGACAAGCA